AUGGCCUCGCCAACUCAGAAGGCCACCCGAAGACCGCACGCGAAGACUCGGACAGGAUGCCGAGUGUGCAAAUCCAGGAAAGUUAAGUGUGACGAAACGCGACCAUCUUGUCGCAAUUGCAUAAGACGUGGGAUUAAUUGCGAUUUUGACAUAUCAACCCACCUUACGGCCCCUAGUCCUCACGUCGCCAGCAGCAGUACCGGAACUACCCCCACUAGCCAGGUCGCAUCUCCUAUAGAUACUUCCAUUCAUCAACACGCGCCGGCGGGCUGGUUUAGUGCUCUCGACCUCGAGCUUCUCCAUCACUUUACUACUUCAACAUGCUUCACCUUUUCCACCGAACCGAUGCUUCGAAACUUCUGGCGUGUGAACCUACCGCAGAUGGGGUUCUCAUAUGAAUAUGUCCUUCGAGGCCUUCUAGCAGUUGCCGCAUUGCACCUUUCCCGGUUCAAACCACAGCGAAGAGAUAUCCUGAUCGAACAAGCCAUGAUUCAUCACAACGCAUCGACAUCUAGGGUACUAACUGUACUUAAUGACUUUACUUCUCCCCAUUCAGUACCCAUAUUCUUCUUCAGCAUGCUUACGACGUGGUUCGCGUUUGCUAACCCCAGGGAACCGGAUAACCUCCUCUUAAUAACGAACGGAGUCGCGCCCGAAUGGCUUUUUCUUUUCAGAGGCAUGCGUAGCGUAAUAGAACUCAAUUCUGAUGCUAUAAGCUCCAUCGCGGCAUUGGGUUUCAUAUUCGACUCGGGUAGACGGAUGAACGAAGCUUGGGAAAAUACCGCGCCUCCCGAACACGACGGGCUUAAAGAAUUGGAAAACAAUCUCAAGUUAUACGUUAAAGAUACAGAGAAAUUAGGCGAACUUACUCACGGAAUAGAAUCACUGAGGCGGAGCUUCGUCUAUUUCUCCAAUGGUACCUUUACAGAUGAUCAGCGGCUCAGAGCCGCAUUUAUGUGGCUGUUCAAGGUUCGAGAGAAUUUUGUACAGUUGCUAAAGGAACGGGAUAACGAAGCAUUGUGCGUGCUUUCUUUCUUCUGCGUCCUACUUCAACGACUUGACUACAUCUGGUGUAUAGAAGGGUGGGGUAUGCAUUUAAUUAGAAGGAUAUACUCCGUGUUAGAUGAGGGAUAUCGACUAUGGAUUCGAUGGCCGAUCGAGGAGAUCGGCUGGGUCCCAUAG